CCCCACCCCCUCCUUUGAAUUUUCUGAAAAUUCCACAUAAACACGGUUCCUUAAUGUAACAAAGAACCUUAAAAUUUGUAAGGACAAGUUAUAAUUUUCUAUUGUUUUAUACUUUGUACAAAGUCCUCUUGAGUUUUGUAAUGGACUAAUUAUUUUUGUGUACCCGCUAUGACCAAACCCAGAAAAAUUCUUGAGAACUUUUUGAAACCCUUUUUCUCAAGUUCCAACAAAGGGAAGAAUGACGACUUAGAGAAAAUUGCAGCACAAGAACAGAAGCAAUUCUCUUUUGGAGUUCUUGUUUCUGCUACCAAAGAUUUUCACCCAGAUAACAAGCUUGGUGAAGGUGGAUUUGGGCCUGUAUUCAAGGGGAAAUUGAGUGAUGGGAGGCAAAUAGCUGUGAAGAAGCUUUCACAUAGUUCAAGGCAAGGGAUGAAGGAAUUCAAGAAUGAAGCUAAGUUGUUGGCUCGUGUACAACACAGAAAUGUGGUGAAUUUGUUAGGGUACUGUAUACAUGGGGUAGAGAAGUUGCUUGUCUAUGAGUAUGUUGCUAAUGAGAGCCUUGACAAAAUCCUCUUUAAAUCUGCUAACAGAGAUGCACUCAGCUGGAAGCAACGGCAUGACAUAAUUGUUGGCAUUGCUAGAGGGUUGCUAUAUCUUCAUGAAGGUUCACAUACUUGCAUUAUCCACCGUGACAUAAAAGCUAGCAACAUCCUACUUGAUGACAAAUGGGUGCCCAAGAUUGCUGAUUUUGGAAUGGCUAGACUCUACCCUGAAGAUAAAACACAUAUUAAUACCCGUGUAGCUGGUACCAAUGGCUAUAUGGCGCCAGAGUACGUUAUGUAUGGACAUCUAUCUGUUAAGGCUGAUGUAUUCAGUUUCGGAGUUGUAGUUCUGGAGCUCAUAAGUGGCCAGAAGAAUUCAACCUUUAACAGAGAUCCUGAUUCUCGAAGCCUUCUUGAAUGGGCGUACAGGCUUUACAAGAAGGGUCGGAGCUGGGAGAUUAUGGACCCUGCACUGGCACAAUCGGCUAUCCCCGAUGAGAUAGCAAUGUACAUACAAAUUGGCUUAUUAUGCAUUCAAGCGGAUCCACCACUACGUCCAACCAUGCAACAGGUCGUGGUGAUGCUAUCAAAGAAUCCUGGAUCUCUUGAUAGAGAACCAACUAGACCUGGAUAUCCCGGUUCAAGAAUUAGAUCUCACAGACCAGGUGGUGGUACGUCUCAUACAGCUGGAACCUCGGGUGCAUCCAAUCCUUCUACAUUCAGCUCCUCGUCUAUUAGCAACACUGUUAGUGCAACUGCAAGUUCAUCCACACCUACAAGACGGAGAUCGGACCCUCAUGGAAAACGUCCUGUGAGAGAUUAGGCGCGUUGUUGUUGGGAGAUUUUUUCUUAUUCUUUUUGUGUAUACAUUCAAUUUUUGUAGCAUGUAAAUUGGUUACAAAUAGAGAUCAAUGAGUAUGAUGAAUCUUAGUGACAGUUAACAUGUAAAAGAAGUGUAUGCAGUUACUCUCAGGAUAUAAAACUACGUGGCACAAUAUAUAAAUGUGUCCUUUAAUUUGGCCUCGUUUUA